AUGCAGGCUGGAUCAAUGGUUCGAAUUAUGGUCGGCGUGCGAGGCCUGAAUGGAGAAGGCUCACAUUAUCCCGCCUUGUCUACCGUCACCAGCGAGCAUCUCGGCCACGUCUACGUCGCCUGUCGGCGCACUGACAAGGUCAUCGCUGGCGAAUACCAUGUUGAUAUUUCGGGGUGGGACGAUGGCAACUGGGGCGAGUCAAUCGAUAAUGAGGUGAAAAAGAGCAAUCUGGUCGUGACGGCAUGGAAGUAUGAGCCUCGAACGAACUAUGUAUUUGCCGACGGCACUCGCAAAGAACAUUGGGCAGAUUUCAAGCUGCCGUGGUCGAAUAGAGGGUGCGCGGAAAGUCAUAUCGGGAAGGCCUUGGGCUUGCGAGGUGGUGGGUUGAAUUGCCCAUUUAGUGCUGCCGAAGGGCUGGAUCUAUUCAAGUAG